AUGGGCCAGUCUCAGUCGACGGGCUCCAAGAGCCAGGAUACCCAAGGACAACAGUCGGAGCAAAAAACGGAUUAUUACGAGCUCCUAGGAAUCACUCGGGGGGCAACCGAUGAUGAGAUCAAAAAAGCAUACCGAAGAAAAGCGCUGGAACUGCACCCUGACCGAAACUAUGGGAACGUCGAGGAGGCCACUAGGCUGUUCGCCGAGAUUCAGUCUGCAUACGAGGUCCUUGCGGACCCCCAGGAGCGUGCAUGGUACGAUUCCCAUAGUGACGUGUUCCUAGGAACGAAUGGGGCUUCUGAGGAUCAACAUUCCUACAAUAUUCGCGUGACAGCGGCGGAGGAUGUUCUCAAGGUUUUCUCAAAAUUCAGCCCUCGCAUGGAGUUCUCGGACUCGCCAGCUGGAUUCUUUGGGGGCCUACAGGAGCAGUUUGCCCAACUGGCGCUGGAGGAGCGAUUGGCAUGUCAGUGGGAAGAUCAGGAUAUGGUAGAUUAUCCCGCGUUUGGAUCGCGCGAUGAUGACUUCGAGACGGUGGUGCGUCCCUUUUACGCGGCAUGGAGCGGCUUCUCCACCUGCAAGUCCUUCGCUUGGAAGGAUGCCUAUCGGUACUCUGAGGCUCCCGAUCGCCGAGUUCGGAGGAUGAUGGAGAAGGAAAACCGGCGCCUUCGAGAAGAAGCCAUUCGGGAGUUCAACGAUGCAGUCAGAUCCCUUGUGGCCUUUGUCAAGAAACGUGAUCCCCGGUACAAAGCCAACGCGCAGAAUGAGGCUCAGCGCCAGGAGACACUUCGACAGUCCGUAGCGGCUCAGGCAGCCAGAUCACGGGCCCAAAAUCAAGCCAAAAUGGGAGAUUAUGUUCUUCCGGAGUGGGCGCGAUCGGAGGAACAAGCGGUUGGUGAUCAUGAAGAAAGUUCAGAGAGUGAGAUUCAGAGCUUUGAAUGUGUUGCAUGCAACAAACAGUUCAAGAGCCAGAAGCAGUUUGAAGCUCAUGAACGGAGCAAAAAGCAUCUGAAGGCUGUCAAACAAUUAUGUCGGGAUAUGCGGAUUCAGAACGACGAAUUGGAUUUAGAGCCUGCGGUGUCCGUUACCAUCCCCCCCGAGCCAGCCCCCACAUCCUUUGAUACUCCCACGGGCAGCGCCAGCGAUGAAGACAACGACGAUCAUGCUACCAACUCACCCACGACACUACAACCAGAGGAAAAUCCCCGAGAAUCAAUAGAAAGUGAUAUUCAGGCUCGACCAUCUAGGGAAAACUCACCCAUCAUGAACGGCCACGAUAACCAGCCGAGAUCUCAAUCCCGACGAGACUCAAUUGAUUCGGUUAAUGAAGAUUACGCUUCCAGAGAGUCUGUCGAGACCAGACUUCGUUCAGCGCUCGAUUCAAGUUCUGACAAUGAGCCCAUUACUCUGCUCACCGAGAAAUUGUCAUCUGCCGACCUUGAUGACGGACCAUCCGUUCCUCCCCAGGUUGGAAAAGCCAAGCAGAAGCGAGCUAAAAAGGCAGCUCGCAACUCUGAACAAUCCUCGGGCAUUAGCUGCGCAAACUGCCAGGCCAGCUUCACGUCGAAAACAAAACUCUUUGCACAUUUGAAAGAUAACCCAGGUCAUGCACAGCCGCUCAGGACCACUACCAAGAGCAAAAGAAGAUGA